CUAAAUAAAUAUAAAUUUAUUACAUUUGGUUGUAGUAUACAAACAGCAAUAAUGUUGAAGGCCGCUGGUGGUAAUUUACCAAAGAAUGUGACAAUGACAAUGUCCAUGAGAUCAUUGUCUAUGUCAUCGCCAACUUUAUAUGCCAAACCUGUAGGUACACCUGGAGGUAAAAAGAAGAUGCUUUUCAAUCCUAAAACAAUGAAGAAUGCUCUACCAGGUCAAAGUGAAACUAAAGUUAAGAAAGCAGGGAUGACUCAUUUAGAUUUUGAUGAUGCUAUUAGAAGUAUGAAAUUCUAUAAAAAUGGAACUGAUUUAAAACCUUUAGGAUUAUCAACAUUAAAUCCUAAUAAUUUAUCUGAAUCAAAAUCAACUGUUGUUAAAUAUACUAGUAAAUGUCAAAGAACAUUAGGUUAUUUAGGUGGAAUUAAAAAAUUUCAAAAUAAUGAAUUAUAUAGACAUCCAGUUACUUUAGUAACAGAAAAUACCACUAGAAUUAAUGAAGAAUUUAUUUCUAAAUUAGAUAAUUCAUCAUCUAAAGAAAAUAGAUUAGCCUUAAUUGGUUCAAGAGGUGUUGGAAAAUCAACCGUAUUAGCUCAAGCACAUGCAUUAGCAUUAGAAAAAUUCGAAAAAGAUGUUAUUAUAUUACAUAUAAAUCUUGGUGAACAGAUUGUUAAUGGUACUAAUGAUUAUGUUUUUAAUCCAAAACUUAAUAAAUAUCAUCAACCAAUGUUUACUAAGAGAUUGAUACAUAAAUUACGUCUUUCCAAUGAAGAAAUCUUCCGUAAAUUGAAAUUAUCAAAGGAUUAUACAUUCAGUAAUAGAAGACAAGAAUUUAAUUUAAAGAAGGGAGAAAAUACCUUAUAUGAUUUCCUUAAAAACAAUAAAGAUUUCGGUAAAUUCGGUCCAAAUGAUGCAUUUCAAACGUUUUUAGAAGAAUUACUUAUACAAUCUGAAACUGUACCAGUUAUAUUCUCAAUAGAUAAUGUUAAUGCAAUUUUAGAUUUCCCAAUCACCAAAUAUAGAAAACCGGAUUUUUCACCAAUUAGAAUUGAAGAACUUGAAAUAGGUAGUUUUAUACUUGAUUUUUUAAGUGGAGAAAAAUCAUUUAAUAAAGGUGGUAUUCUUAUAGCAAAAACUGGAAUCAUUGGUACUGCUGAAAAAACCUUGGAUGUUGCAUUAGGAAUUGAAGAAAAUGAUCCUUAUGCUAAAAGUGAAAUAUUUGAUUAUGAUAUUUGUGUUAAAUUAAGAGAAAAUGGAGGUAUAAAACCAUUUAAAAUAGAAAAUUUUACUAAAGAUGAAACUAAACAAUUAAUGAAUUUCUGGAGAAUUAUUGGAUCUUUACCAGUUAAACAAUUUUAUACUAAAGAAGUUGAUAAAACUUCUGAAGAAUUAUCAGCAGAAGGAGGAAAUGAACAAUUUGAUCUAGAAAUUCAAUUUGAAAGAAUGGUAAAUAAUAAUUAUACCAUUUCAUCGGGUAAUCCUCAUUAUUUGUUUAAGACAUCUAUGUUGUCAUAUUGAUAAUAUAUUUGUCAUUCUGUACAUAGAAAUUAAUUUAUAUUAAAAAGAAUAAUAUACACAAGAAAUUAUUAAUAUGCUAAAAA